UAGUGCAUAGACGCUUAAGACAAUCUCGGAUGCUUUUGCCAGAGAUAACCUACUGAAGUCUGUAGUUACCUAUCGACAUUGUGCUGGCGGCAACCCAUUUUAGGUCAAAAGAAUAGAAGUCUAAAUCAAAUGCUUUAUAAUGGUCCUACGGGUAAGUCUCUUACUCGGAGAAAAACGAAUACAAGCGUGUCCCAGCGAUGGUCGUGCGCGUCGCAACAUGAGCGGUUUUCGCAGAAAAUUAAGUUAACAGGACGCUACUAACUAGAGCAGCAAAAGGUCGCCAGAUGAAAGAUUGAUAUAUUAAAGAUUGCUAGCUUUAACAAAUAGAAACAAAGUGAUUAUUUUCGUGAUAACGUCCCAAACGAUAAACGGGAACGCUAGAACAUGUCGUCAUGUAAAUUUGUCAUCACUCGUCGCCCGUGAGCUUCCGCCAGCCAAUGUGAAAGUGCAAAACGGACAUUAAUUUUCUUGAACCCAGCGCGAGGUCGUGUUGCUCCCUAGUAAUGAUGGCGGCGCCAACAAGCGGUGUGGCGGCCCCCAGGGGCCAGCGGCAUAUCCGUGCUCAUUCUGAAGACUUUAUCCAGAACAGCAAAUUUUCGUUCAUCCAUAACAACAACUCCAGGUUAUUAUGCAGUCCAAACGAGGACAGUCGACACACGUCAGAUGAAUCGUUCAGCCUGUGCUCGGAUGAGUCAUGGAUUGGGGUAGGCGGCAUGUCGGGCCUUUCGGGCGACCUUGGAGUUGAUGAGGUUUAUAUUCGGGUGAAAAAACGCGAGGAAAUGCACCUGUGGCCACUUAAAGAAGAUCUGGCAGACUGGCUUAAUACAGUUCUUGACACAUCGGAUAUAACGGCAGACAACUUUAUGAGCAAGCUCGACAAUGGCGUCGUAGUUUGUAGAUUGGCGCGGCUUAUUCAGAUGCGGGCGCAGCAAAUCGAGCAAGAAACUCCGACGACUAAGACGAAUAUCCCACCGUUCGACUUUAAAUGUUGGCCAGAUGCAAAAAAAAGCAGCUUCUUCGCGCGUGACAAUACCGAAAAUUUCCUGAAGUGGUGUAGGAAGCUCCGGAUCAACGAAGCGAUCAUGUUCGAGUCCGAUGACUUGGUUCUACAUAGUCAGCCUAAAAAUGUCCUGUUGUGCCUACUCGAAUUGGGACGAAUCGCUUCGCGCUUGGGCAUCGAGGCACCGGGCCUGGUCGAGCUCGAAAAGGAAAUCGAACGCGAAGAGCGGCGGAUUCGCGAGCAGGAACAGCUCGAGCUUCAGAUGCGGAUGGAAAUGGCGAAUGAGCAAAAGAGGAGAGAGGAUACGAAACGCGGCGCUGAGUGUGAGUUGCUGGCUACAUCGCGAGACAUUACACCGACGCCAGAUGGUGCAUCAAUCGCCAAUUCAAUUGAAAGUCACGACAGUGGCGUCGACGAAACCGACGGAGAUCUUCGCGCUCAAGGAACGCCUGCCAGAGAGCGCUCUUUGCUCGACGCCAAGAGUAGUUUAGCAUCAGAGAGCGGGGAAAGUAACCCCGAUAGUUUGGGCAGAUCCCUUCAGAGCUCUCCAAACGGCUCCGUGGGGGACCUCUCACGCUGCUCCACGCCCUCGUCGACAGGCGUAGGUCAUGGAGACAAAAGAAAUGGCCGAAUGUCUUCGGUCUCAAAAGUCCCAAAGAGCUUGAUCCCCGUACCGGAAUCUGGUCACUCCUCAGUUAAGAAGUGGAUCCCCGGUGGAGCAGGGGCUGGCAAUCCGGCAAAGACGAGCAGCAGCAUGCAGGCCCUAAAGUUUGACCGACACUCGAAAGAUGGGCUCACAAUGCCCAGGUCGACAUCGGCCAACAGCUUACGAGAUGACGGUGGAUGUGCGGCAGAUGAGCACAAGGAAAACGCACUAAGCAACGGAAAGCCGUUGAAAAGCGGGCCUUCUCCGAGCAGUAAUGCUACACUGAGUAAAGAUGCGGCAGGCGUAGGAGCUGUAGAAGUACAACUGAGUACCUUAAGCUGCGCCUCGGUCAACGAAGUGGAAACUGCUGAGGAGAGCGCAGAUGUACUGGAUGCAAAGGUGAGGCAUAUAACUCAAAAGGUAGCAGAAAAGGCCCGACGGAUUGAAGAACGGCGACGCGAUGUGGACGAAAGGCUGAGUGUGCAAGAACCUAUUGAACGCGAAGAGAUUCCACUGGUCGAGCGGGUGUCUGAGGGUCGAUACUUGAUUGGAGGACGCAUCUACUUUGUCAGGCUCUUGAAAGAGAAGCAUGUAAUGAUUCGUGUGGGCGGUGGCUGGGAUACUUUGGAACACUUCCUUAGUCGGCACGAUACAAUGAACGUAGUCUACAUGAAGCGAAACACCCGUUCAAAGUCAUUUCAGAACGCGGCUGCUAUCUACGAGGGAAGCUGCAGCAUGCCGCUAAAGAGUAACCAAUUCGAGUCCGACUGGAAGGAGUCGAACUGGAGCAUAAACUCGCUUGGAUCACAGGCCAGGUCGGACAAGAAUGAUCGAAGCCUUACUCCAAACCUGAAAGGUGAAUCCCGUCCACGGUAUCGCAGCGCGCAUUCUGCGCCUCUACAGCGUACACAACCAUUCUUAGCUCAAGCGACGUCCUGCCGCUCUAGUGCCAUUUGUCUUUUCGACACCAAAUGAGCUUCACUGAACACUUCAUCCAUCUACCGAGCACCGGGUCCAUCCCUCAGUGAAGAGGCAAGUACGAAAGUGAAGGUCGCGGCCCGGUGUAGUGGGCUGGUUUGGUCGCGCUCAGCAAAUGUAAUAAGCUCGUAUUGCUGGCAUCCUACUUCAUCGGCUUACGGCGAAUUACUGCGGCCCGCUGAUGCCUGCCAGCAAGCCGUUGUUGCAGUUUGUUUCGACCUGAUUGCCUCGUAACGUUAUGGUGGCCGUGUCCAGCACAAGCUAUUAUCCACUCUUCGGACACAGUGCGUCAACUUUCUCGUUGGUCUCUCUAUUUAGUAGAAAAGGUAUUCGCUAAUGACGCGGACGCGUGUCUUCUGACCGCUAUAUUUUGGCUGUCUAUAGCGUCGUCUUCGAGCAGACAUCAGCGUCAGCGUCACCCCUGAGGCUCUGUUGUACUGUAAAGAAAACUGCACCACGGGGUUCUUGCACCCACCGCUUACGGCUAGAUGUAGAGAUUGAAUCCUAAUAGACUGUAGUGAAAAUUGCGUGUCUGACACGAUCGACGGACACGAAUGGCUUCCCAAGUGUGACUGCGUGCUUUUUAUUUGGACAAAGUUAAUUAUUCGAAAAGAUGUGAAGUCUAGAUGUCUACUUAUUUCCGCAACCGUCCGUUACACAUGCACGUAUGUGUGUGUGCGCGUGCGUGUGUACAAUUACUUCGAAAAUUAAAUACCGUACAUCGCUCCCUCAGUCCCGUGUCAUCGACGGAGAUUUCAGCGGCACUUUUUAUCGCUAGUUAUGGCGGCUUUAGCUGAUCCCCAAACGACUGUGUUCGCCGGCCAUUAGAGAUAGAUAUGCACAUAUGGGAAAUAUCCAUUUUCUCUCCCGAUUCGUUGUUGAAACAAACGAAUAGUACCUAACCUAAACUUUAUUAUAAUAUUUCGGUAGAAAAUAUGCAUGGGAUCGUCUCGCAAAGAGCAAGCCAUACUCAGAGACUAGCGUCCCAAUUAAUGAUAAAUUAUUUCUGUGAUUUUGAGCUCUCCCGAAUAAUAUUGGUAAUACCUGCUGUUUACUAUGAGUGGCUGUGGCUGGUCACAGACACGAUCGAAAUGUGUAUAUAUAUACACACACACACACGCACUAUAUCUAUUUUCUCUGCUACAGGCGAUCGUAGUGGCGAGGCUGAAAACAACCUCAAAAAUAAGCAUCAAUCCUGUACAUUACUCUGCUGCCUGCUUGAAUGUUUAGGUCGAAGUAAUAUAUAGAUAUAUACAUAUAUAUUGAACGUAGGCGACCCCGAGAAUCAAUAAGUGACACUGGGAAAUGUUGUUACAGUUCUGGUAAUCUUCGGCGAAAAAGUGGAAAUCGUCUGAAAUUUUUGUUAUACUAGAGGUUGGACUCGGAAGUGUGGCCAAUUAUUGAAAUACCUAUUGCCGUUAUGAUGAUCGCGCUCAUGAGAUGUUUGAGCCUAUUUGGUUUAUGAAGGAGGCCAAAAAGCAAGAGAUGCAAAUAAUGUUGUGGGUGUCUGCAUCAUCAAUACUAAUCAAGCAAGUGACAAAUAAAUAUGAAAACUAGGCGAGUUGUCGCGGCCUAGCAGGUAACGUCUUCGUUUCUUACCAUGACGACCAUGGUGGUAAUAACGGUCACAGUGGUAAGAUUGAAAAUAAUAGUGAUGGAUAUUACAGACAAGCAACAACCCUGUACAUUACUCUGCUGCCGCCUUGAAUGUUUGAAUUGAAGUAACUUUCCAAGUGUUACCUUAAAUUGAAGCUAAUAAACAAUUUAUCGCAGUUAAUCUUC